AGGGAGCCCGCCCGGCUGGCUGGGGAGGGCAGAGCAGCCUGCGAAGGAGCGGGCGGCCCCGCUCGCUCUUCUCCCAGACUUCUGUGGCUAGGUCCAAGUUUGAAGAAACAUUACAGCCACAGGCUGAAAAAGCACUCUGCUACCAACAGCACAUGGGAUUCCAGGGGGGCAGAUAGCUGAAGUCAAUGGAAUUAUGACAACUUACAUCAGCAGAGGAUCUGCUCCCAAGAAUAAAUGAGACUAUCAGAGCACCCAGUUUGUGAACCUCAGUGGAGGCUGAACAAUCCCUUUUACUACACCCUCAAGCCUUCGCCUAGUCCACCAGCAUCACUUGAACUUCAGCCACCAAGUUGCAGUUUCUGUUGUGCACUGACGAACCGUGCACACUGUGCUCUCUGGAUAUGAUGAAAAUGAUACUAUGUUGUGUGGUGUUUUGCAAAUUUAUGGCUCAGGUCAGUUCACUGUAUUCCCUAGUGGCCUCAUAUAUAGUGAAGAUGAGGAAAUGUGGGUAAUUACUGUGAAAAAUAUUUUCAUUAAACUAAAACUUAAGAAAAUCCAAAUCUGGAUGCCUAAUGUCAUCUCCCAGUAGAUAACAAUCAGUUUUGAAAAUGUAUGUUAUCCAAAAAAAUUUACUUAAAACUUGGUCUGCCUGUUGUCUUUAUGGUCAUAUUAGAAAUCCUCUGAAAGAGAGCAAUUUGUUGCAGCAUGUUGGAUGAGAUGAUGCAAAAUUAAUAUAGCUGAAACUGGUACUUGGUGGUCAGUUUUCUUUGUGUCAUGUUUAAUUAUGGAAGGUGAUUACCAUUUAACAUCUGCUGACAAAAUAUAAAUUAGAAUUUUAAAGUAUGAGCCCAAGGCAUCGGAUGAACUUAAUUUUGACUCUUAUAUCAAUUCAGGUUUUUCAGUUUUAUAGUUGUCCUAUUAGCACUGACUAUCUAAAAUGUCAGUUUAAGAAAGUUGUCUGAAAUUUCAUGCUGGUUUGUCUUAGUAUAUUAAGACUUUUUUUUGUAAAACAAUGUCAUAGUAAUAGAACAUUUUUAUAAUUCUGUCCUAAAGUUGCAUCAUUCUACUGAAGCGGAUGACUUGGGCUGUUAUCACAGUUGUAUAGUUCAACACCAUUUCGGAUGAAUGCGCUUUAAACAAAAUCUAGAAUCUUCCUACCUUUCUAGCUCUUGUAAAGGUAAUGUUUUUUCUGUGAAAUCUUAUUUUUACCUGCACAGUUUCUGUUAUGCUUGUAGCUAGACUCUUAAUAUCCAGCUUCUGAAUAACUUUUUGUGGUAAAAUCAACAGUCCAAAAUGACAGUGGGCUUCUUUACGCUUAGUGGAUAGCGUAAAAUCUUCAGAUUAUUUGCUUUGAAUAGCAUGUUUUAUGUGAGGUUUCUGUUCGGUUAAACAUUAUAGUGUUACAAUAAAUUGUUUGCAUAAGACCCCAUUUUUCUGGGUUUUAAUAACUAGGGCCCAAAUCCUGCAGUGAGCUCCAUGGUGCAUGCUCGUUGGCUUCAGCUGCAGGAAUUGGAGGCCUUAUGGGGUCUUAAGAUGAUGCACCAACAGUGACUAUAAAAAGUUCAUGUUGGGGAGAGGCCUAAAACGCAAGCUGAGUGACUAUGAGGAGAACGUGGCUGGUCUCUCAAGUGCCUUUGAUUCCAGUCGAAAUCUGCCCUAUCCACUUAAGAGGCAGUUAGUGCUGAAUAUGUGCCUCACUAAACUACAAACUUACAAAAUGCUGGUGGAACCAAACUUACACCGUUCUGUGCUCAUAGCCAACACAGUAAGGCAAAUUCAGGAGGAAAUGAGACAAGAGAGUAGCCAGCAGCCAAUUAAUGUAUGCAAUGGCAUUGCUCCCAAUCCUCACAGCUACCCAGGAAUUGAUUCAUCUGGAAUUUCUUUACAUUUGCCUUCAGGUAGUAACCAGCAAGAGUCUAACUGUUGUAACUCGUGGUCCUCAGAAGGCCCAAUUGAAAAUAGCCUGCUGAUGGUUUCAGAUGAUGACAUGUCAUCUGCCAUUUCAUCUAUUCUGAAGGAUUUGGACUUCAUGGAAGAUAUAAGUCCACCUACUUCUUUGGUUCCAGCUGGAGAUGAUGAGCCGAAGUCUCCAGAAAACACAUGUCUAAAACUAGAAGAUGAUAGACAAGAUUUGAAGGGAGCAGAAUGUGUAUUUGGUUCCUUUGAAAUUUCGAAUUCAACCAGUUACUUAAAAGAUUUGGCUAUAGAUGACAUCUUUGAGGAUAUUGACACUUCAAUGUAUGAUUCAGACUUCUGCUCUCCCCCACUAAUGGCACCUAGACCACCUUCUGCUGCUACAGAAGAAACAUUGAAAAGCUUCCCAUCUUGCAAUUCUUCCUCAGCAAACAAUAUUCCAAUAUGUAGAACAGAUUUGAGUGAGUUGGACCAUAUCAUGGAAAUUCUUGUUGGAUCUUGAUAUUUAUUUUUUUUUAACCAAAGAUACUUUCCGUACUGCCACUUAACAUUGGUUUGAGGAUAAAGCCACUGGCUGGGAAAGCUGCAAGGAAUUUCUUUUAAAACAAAACACAAUUGUCCACAAGUAGUUCUUAAAAUGUCUCAGUUAAAAUAAAAAAAGUGGCAGUUUUUAAAAUGAAAUUAUUUAUUUGAGAAAUUGUGCAAUCAUCUUUUUCCUUCUGGGGGUGCAUGUGUGUGUAUUGACAUAAAAACAUGCACAUAUCCUUACCCGCCACCCUUCACCCCCUUUGAAUAAAUGUUUAUGUGCAAUUUUUAAUUUCAGAAGAAUUUACAUACAAAGUGAAUUUCAUAUGGGAGUCUCUUAUGAAGCCUAGAUUUUAUUUUUAAUAUUAAAAUACAUGCCAAGUUGGCAUACAUUGGAGUUGCAUAUUUUGAUUGUGCAAAUCCAUCAGCAUUACUAGAGAUAUAGGUAUAUUUUAAAAAUAUUAAAACAAAUGUCACUUCCAUUUGGUUGGAAAAGCAGACUCAAGACACUUGUCAGUGAAGUAUCUUGCAUUUUCUAAAGCAUUCAAAACUGUUUAUUUUUGUAAAUUUUAUAGUCUUUCUACAUUUUACUACGUUAUUUCAUCAUAGUACAAAUAUAAUGUAUUUCUAGCUGGAUGUGGCUAGUACUACCUCUAUAAGCUGAAAUGCUUUGACUCUUUCCAGUGCUUUGUCUAAGAUUGCAGGUUGUUUCUCUUUUCCUUUUUGUUUCUCAAUGAUAUUUUUCUGGUGGGGUGGGGGGGACAUUUUUUAAUUCAUUAAUUAGAUCCUUUGUUUGACAGUGAUCUAGCUGAUUUGUGAAAUUAAGAGUAUUAAAUGUUUAAAAUUUCUACAAGUAUUUGCAAAUGUAAUUUAUGUAUAUUGUCCAAUUUAACAUUUUGUCAGUAUUAUGUGCUUAGAUUUUAAAUCUUGGCAUUCUUUAAAUUAGCAUUUACUGUACAGAUAGCUUUUUGUUCUGUUUGGAGAAUGCCAUGUCUUCAGUCCUGUUUUCACUACAAAGCUUUUUUUAAUGUGCAAUAAUACUUACAGAUACACAUUUGCACAGAUGAUGCAGAAAGAAAUGCUUUAAAUUUAAAUUUGUAAAGUAGCACGUUGGGAAAGGUACCUGAAGAGCCAGUGUCUCUGUAUCCUUUUAAGAAAUGAGUUGAGCAUUUCUUAUAGUACUAACAUUUACUGUUUUGAAUACUCCUGAAAUGUUCUUGUAAAUGUGGUGAGUCACUGCUGAUGACUUAAGUACUGUCUUGUGAAAGCUCGGGGGUCAGCUCAUUCUGAUGCAGUUGCAGGACUGGGGCCUAAGUGUGCUGAAAGAAUUUCUGUUUCAGAUAUGCAACAGAAGGGUUUGGUGGGUUUUUCUUUAAAUUAUUAAUUGAAGAUGAGGUUUGUAGUGAGAACUGUUUCUCCAUGUGAUAGUGGGAAAUAAUUUUUCCCUCAGACUGGGGUCUUCAUUAACUUCUGGAGUUGCUUUCUAAACUACACAACGCUUGUUUUCCCUUGAAACUGUAAAACUGUUUCAAUAUAGCUGUUAACGCUGCAGUAUAUUUAGGACAAAAAAAGUCUGUAGAGAGCUUUAAAAGCAUCUAUAGUUCAUUUCACAGUGUCGCCAUUUCCCAUGUCAUUCCGUUUUUCAGCCAGUAGCAGAAGUGUAGCAGCAAUAAUGUCUCCAUUUUGGAUAAAGAUAAUUUUCGCUCAUUUUUUUUAGUAUGAACUCGCUCAUGUUCACUUCAGUGUCUUUUGCUCAGAGCACUGCUUAGCUCUCCCCUAACACCACUCAGUGUUUUUAAAAGAUGUUUGCUUUUGUUCCAUUUGUUCUUUAACUUUUUUGUGGGUGCAGUAUCUGAAAAGAAUAUGAAGAGCAAGAAAAUGUGCCCUAAGUGUUGCAUCUCAAAAACAAGGGGUGAAGUCCUGGUGUUGCAGAACAAUGGGAGUUUUGCCGUUAACUUCAGAUGGGCCAGUAUUUCACCUGGGAUUUUUAGUCUUAAGUACACUGCAGCGUCGGUUAUCCUAUGCUAAGAUCUCCAUUUCAGACCAUGUGAGUUUCUCUGUUAGUCUGUCCCUCAAAACUGUGCAAACCCAGUUUAGGUCACAUUCUUUCAGCCAUCUGGAUUGACAAUUGAAGGGUAUAAAUAUAUGCGCUCAAUGUUAAUGGUUCUUAUAAUCUAGAAAUUCUGAUGAUAUAAAACAUUCUAAAUCAUUGGGUAAGGGAUCAGUUUGAAAAAUGUAUAAACAGCUACUGAGAAGGUACAGCUUCAGAAUGUACACAGACUGUAUUUUGUAUAGACUACUCUGGCUUUUCCUCAAUCUCUACUUUUGUAUGUAAAAGAUAUGCCUCAAUAAAUCCUUGAAAUAUUCCGCAC